AAGUUGUUCAUUAAUUUAUUGUCUUCAAACUUUAAUCAUCUAAUUGUCAAUCAUCUCAACUAUUUAUUAAUUCAUAUCUUUUUUUACAACCAUCUAUUUCUUACGUUGAGCUUCAUUUUUGUCUUUAUUUUGUAUCACCAAAACAUUGUAAUUGUUAAUUAAUCUUACACCUUGAAUGUUAACCAAUUAUUUUUUAUUCUAUUAAUUUAAUCUAAUUUAAUUAUUUCUCUUUUUCGUUUCCUUAUAGUUUGUUGACCAAAAAGAAUUUGUUUGUGUUCUAUUCUUUUUUCUCAAUAAUGUGAAUUCUAUUCUUCUUUUACUUCUCUUCUACGGUUUUCGAUUCAUUUUUCUUUCCUGUUUAAUGAUUUGACUUGAUUUCUUUAAUUUUCUGGUUGAUUUGUGAGCUUUUUUCACCCAAUUCAGUGAUUUUUAAACUUGGGUAAAUCUAUUGGUCAUAUGUUGGUAUUUUUUGCCCAAUCAAUUUUGGUUUCUUGGUGAAUCUCGGAUUGGAAAAUAACCUGUUCUGUUACCGGUUUCAAGUAAAUGGUGAAAAUUCAGCAACACAAUCAAGAAAAUCCGUAUAUUAGUCAAGGGACUAGUGGAAUUGAAAUGAGUAAUUUGGACUCUUUGCCGAAUAGUCUUCUCACUGAUCUCAUAACAAAAGGUAAUUACAAAGAGAAAUCUCGACAAGAUCAUGUGGACGCACUUUCCUGGAGGCGACUUCAUCUGAGUCGAGCGAAAUUAAAGGCCUCUCAACGAACCUCCGCUCUCUUGUCUGGAUUCGCCAUGAUCGCAAUGGUUGAAGUACAAUUAAAUCCCGAAACAAAGAACCCGAUCCCUUAUGGUCUUUUGAUAUCGUUUAGUGUGUGUACAGUUUUACUUGUUUCCAUGCACAUGCUCGCGCUCAUGAUAUCGACUUGUAUUCUACCUCAUAUCGAAGUUGUUUGUUCUGUUAAUGGCCUAGGGGGAGUGAGUGAUUCGCCUCACGAGAAGCUGAAUCAAUUCAUCGAAAUCGCCUGGACUUGUUCAACUGUUUUGGGAAUAUUUCUGUUCCUAAUUGAAAUUGCGAUUCUGUGUUGGGUCAAAUUCUGGGAUUUUGGUGCCAAUCAAGGGAACACAGGCCACAAAGCAGCUCUCGCAGCGACUAUACUUUUGAUACCGAUUUUCAUUCUUUUCAUUGGUUUUGCUGUACAUUUUUACCGAAGACUAGUAAGUCACAAAUUUGAAACUUCUGCUAAGAAUCUACAAGAAAUCGAAUCCAUGGCCUCACAGCUCAAAAAUGAGCCCAUUUCACUGGAUAAUUAUACUAGCGAACAAACUACUUUUCAAGUUUGAUCUCUGAGAAAUCUCAAAGUCUACGAGCCCAAUGAUCUAUAAAUCAAUUUGAUUCUCAAUUCCUUGUUGCAUUUAUAUACUGAAAGCUAAUGAAUAAACAUGCGAAAUCGAUUGAAAAUAGACAAA